AAUUUAGCUAAUACCAAAAUGAAUACAACAAUAACAACCGCAACAGCAACUGUAACAACAAGAACAACAACAACAACAACCAGUGCUAAAAUAAGUGCAAACAAUACGAAUAAUAUGGAUAAUACCAAUAUGAGUAGUAGUAAAAAAUUAUUACUUAAAAAUCAAUUACAUUUAAAUUUGAAUGUAAUUGAACAUUCAAGUGUUGAUAAUGAUGAUAGUAGUAAAAGACAUGUAGCAAUAGGAGCAAAAGGAGUAACAGUAGCAGAAGCAGGUUUAGGAACAGCAGUUAAAGUGAAAAAAGGCGGUAGUAAUGUAGAAACCGUCACAACAGUGCCUCAACAACAUCUUUAUAAAAAACCAAAAAAUAUCGAAGCGUCUACGUCUACAUUAGCAACUACAGUGAAAACAGCAAUAAAAACAACAUCAGUACCAGUAGCAGUACCAGUACCAGUACCAUUAUCAUCAACAGCAGUAACAUCAGCAGCAGUAGUAGCAACAACAACAAUAACAACUUCAACAUCAUCGUCAUUGUUAAAUUCAUCGCCAACGGCAUUAGCUAAAUUCAAUCGAAUUAUCGAUAGUACAGUGCCGGUUACAAAUUGUUAUCAAUAUGUGUCCAGCAAAAGAAAUGUUGCGCCACCAAUGUUGAAUAGCCAAUUACAACAACGUUUAGCGCUGGCCGCCUAUCCAACCGACAUUGUAUCGACUGAUUCGUAUAGUGAUAAAAUUAUUUCCACAAUACCUACUCAUGUAAGUCGUCAAUCAGCCACAGCAACAGCAACAGCAACAGCAACAGUAGCAGAAAAAGUAGAAGAAAUUUCAACUUCAGCAGCUACGACGGUAAAGACUGUAACGACUACAACAAAACCAAUAACAACAACAACAUUAAACGACGAUAAUCAAAUGAAACGAAAUGAUGUGCAUUAUUUGUUGAAACAAUUAAAUAGUUUUAGUGAUAUCGAAGAAAUAGAAAUUGUUGAUAUAAAGCAAAGACAGCAAGAGCAAGAGCAAGAGCAACAGCAACAGCAACAAACGCAACAGCACCAACAAAUGCCGCAACAAUAUUCUUAUAAUAUUGGCGGCGUGGUUGGCACAAUCGCCGAUAAACCACAUUCACCUACAGCAACAUCACUUGUGAUAAUAUCGCCCUCAUCAUUAUCCCAUAAGGGCAUAAGACGCUAUGCAUCACUGCAUCAUCAGCAGCAUCUGCAAGAUUUUCUUGUCGAUAGUGGUGCUGAUAAUGCAGAGCAACAGCAACAAUAUUUGUUGCAACAAUUUGAUGAUUAUAUUUUUCAAUCCUGCCAUUAUUUGGAAACGAAUUAUUUUGCCGCCAACUAUCGCACUGCCAUGGUCGAGAGCAGCUCACAUGAGUUUAGGCCCUCGACAACAACCGGCACCUCAGCAACAUCGGAAUCAUCGGCACAAUCGCUCGAUUUGCACGAUGAUGCUGAGCCGCCAAGUGUUAUUUAUAAAGCGACGCCAUCGCUGCCACCGUCAACAUUGCCGCCGCUAACAGCAACAACCACAAUGUUACGUUACGAAACGCAAACACGACUCACAAGCAGCGGUGUGCAAACUGAAUUAACUGCCAGUAGUCCAUUAUCAACAUCGGCCGUGUUCAAUGCAUCGCUAGCUAAGAGUAGCAGUAGUUCAGGCUGUUCUGAAGAGCAGCGACGACGUGCACCAUUUUUCAAAUGUUGCUACACACCAAUUGAUCGUUGGCGUGAAAAGCGUAAUGCAGCUAAUAUAGCUGCUGCUGCGGAACGUCAAAGACAACGACAACGUACUGAUAACACUGCUAGUGGCGGUGGUGGUGGUAGUGGCAGUGGCAGUGGCAAUGCUAAUAUAGGUGUCGACGUCGGUGUCGGUGUCGGUACAAGUCGAGGCAGUGCAACUGGUGCUAGUCGUCAGCAACACGUGCGAAAAAAUGGUCAUGCAGUUUGACAUAUGCAUUGGUUAUAUUAUAAAUAUCAAACCACGCAACAUCUUAUAUGCCUAACAACAUGUUGCAACACUAACAAUUACAUACUAACUAACAGUAAUAAUAUACUCGUAUCUAGCAAUUUUUUAUAUAAAUAU